GAAAAGAAAAGAAGAGGGAGGCGAAGGUAGAGCCUAAAGGUGAAGAAGAGGAAGAGAUGGCAGUGAGCGCAACGGUGAUCGGAGCACUGCUGGGACUCGGCACCCAAAUGUACUCCAACGCUCUCCGCAAGCUCCCUUACAUGCGACAUCCGUGGGAGCACCUGUUGGGGAUGGGCCUGGGAGCAGUGUUCGUUAACCAGCUAGUGAUUUGGGACGCUCAGCUCCAACGGGACCUUGACCAAAUGCUCGAAAAGGCCAAGGCAGCCAACGAGCGCCGCUACUUUGAUGAUGAUGAUUAAUGCUUUUGGCCUAAAAUCAUAUAUAAGACAUUUGAUGCACCGAGAAACUGUGAUCAUAAAACUGGUUCAGGUUAUGGACAAGAUGAUUUUGGACUGUUCGUUUGUUUGUUUGUUUGUUUUUUAUCCUG